AUGGGCAAAUACAUUCGAAAACCGAAAACUUCCGGCGACGUCGCCGUUAAGGAUGCCUCUCAAUCCUACCUGGGCGUUCGUACCCGUGCCAAAACCCUAGCCCUGCAGCGCCUCCGCUCCUCCGCCGAUGCCUCGCCGCCUCCCAAGACGGAUUACCUCCAGCUGCGCUCUAGGCGCCUCCAGAAACCACCGCUACUCCGCAAGAAUUUCUCGAAUUCCGGAAAAGCCCCUGCCCCUGCUGCUGCUGCUGGAAACCCUCAAUUUGGGAAUUCGGCUGAGGAACCUUCUUCUGAACCGGCUGCUCUUCCAGUUCGUCCUGCCGGAGGAGAGGAUGGACGCUUUGAGAGGGUUAACGGCGGGGGUUCUGAUAAUAAUGAUUUAGAGAUUAAGGCGUCUGUAGGAGAGAAUAACUUGGAAUUUGAAGCUAGGGAUAGGGGCACCAGAGAAAGCACCCCCUGCAGUGUUAUCAGGCCUGCAAAUUUUAGGUAG